GCCCGGGGGGCUGGCGCGCGGGGCCGGGCGCGAUGCCGUACGCCAACCAGCCGACCGUGCGCAUCACGGAGCUGACGGACGAGAACGUCAAGUUCAUCAUCGAGAACACGGACCUGGCGGUGGCCAACUCCAUUCGGAGGGUCUUCAUCGCCGAGGUGCCCAUAAUAGCCAUCGACUGGGUUCAGAUUGAUGCCAAUUCCUCAGUCCUUCAUGACGAGUUCAUCGCGCACAGGCUUGGAUUGAUCCCGCUCACUAGUGACGACAUUGUGGACAAGCUGCAGUACUCCCGGGACUGCACGUGUGAAGAGUUCUGCCCUGAGUGCUCGGUGGAGUUCACCCUGGACGUGCGGUGCAACGAAGACCAGACUCGCCACGUCACGUCACGAGACCUCAUCUCCAACAGCCCCCGGGUGAUUCCAGUGACAUCCCGGAACCGAGAUAAUGACCCCAAUGACUACGUGGAGCAGGACGACAUCCUCAUCGUCAAGCUGAGAAAGGGCCAGGAGCUGAGACUUCGAGCCUAUGCCAAAAAGGGCUUUGGCAAAGAACAUGCCAAGUGGAACCCUACUGCAGGGGUGGCUUUUGAAUACGAUCCUGACAAUGCCCUGAGACACACGGUGUACCCCAAGCCGGAGGAAUGGCCAAAGAGCGAGUAUUCAGAGCUGGAUGAAGAUGAGUCACAGGCUCCCUACGACCCCAACGGGAAGCCGGAGAGGUUUUACUACAACGUGGAGUCCUGUGGCUCUCUGCGCCCCGAAACCAUCGUCCUCUCAGCCCUCUCUGGACUGAAGAAGAAGCUGAGCGAUUUACAGACCCAGCUGAGCCAUGAGAUCCAGAGUGACGUCCUCACUAUCAACUAGCCGCACUCGCCGGGUCAGCAGAAAGGGCACCGGAGCCAGCAGCAGGAUUUCAGGUCUCCCCCUGGAGACUUCCAGCUUCGGCAGUCUGGACAGCUGUGGCUCAGGCUUCUUGGCAAGCCGCCAACUAGAAGGGUAGCAGUGGGGAAGGGGAGAACAUCCCAGCUGUGCUCUGUCCCAGCUAGAUUACCAGAGUGCCACUGGGAUUUGAGGCAGGACAGUAUUUACAUGUGGCAUCCCUGGCCCUGCCUGCCAACUGCCAGUAGUGCUCCCCAGAACAUCCCUGCUCCUCUGUGUCCUGAUGCGCCUGGAGGAGGCCGUACUGCUUCCCCAGUGAGAACCACUGAGCUGGACUCGCCUCCUCUUCUGAUCAUUUCAGCGCUUUACUUCAAACCCUUUCUGUCCAAAAGUUGGAAUUUUCACAGUUGUACCUUAGGUUUCCGGUGUUAGGGUUGAGUGCUAGAACCCUCGUUGAGGCUGCCUACAAUCCCUUCCAGUCCCUGCCCAGGGCCAGCCUACUGGCACUUCACUCAAAUUCCUGUGUCCCUAAUUAGAGAGCCCUUUGAGAAUAGUGUUAAGACACUGGCUGAUGCCCCCUCCCCGCAUAUAAACCUUGUAUUUCAUUCUCUACCCAUCAGUUACAAACUUCACUUGCCAGUAGUCCGAUUAUUUAAUUUGUGGGGGGAGCAGCAAGGGUGGCCUUGGUGAAGGUCUGGCCGUGACCCCUUAGCCCUGGAGGGAGGAACAUACCCAGAGUAGUCAAUAGGCAGCCUGGUGGGAGGCGUCUGGAGAGAACGGAUAUCCAGUACAGAAAGGAAGGGAUAUUUAUUGAUCAGCAGUUGUCUUUUUAAAAGUUUUUAUUUUUGGCAAUAAAGAGCACAACAUAAUCUCCUUCAUGCAUCAUCGUGCCACUAGCUGAGCCAGUCAGCUCUGCCUCCCUCUCCAGGGCCUUUGGCUGCGGGCUCCCUUCUUCAGGCUGGCAUACUCCUCUGGCUGGUCGCUCCCUGGGUCAGGUUCAGAGCUGAGCUGGCUGCGGCCGCCUCCCUGGCUCCAGGGCUCUGUCAGAAGGGGCCUCUUGCUUUAUCAUCCUCCUGUCAGGACUUGAAUAGUGGUUAUUUACAACAAGGUCUGUUCCCACAAAUCAGAACCCUAAAGUAUUAAAAAAAGAAA